AUGUUUUCUCGCUUCUUGUUUUUCGUGCUUGCUAUGCUGGUCGUAGCUACAGUUAUCGCCAACUCUAACCUUCCGGUGGCCUUGGACGCUGUAGAUACUGUUUCUCAUCGCGCCUCAAGUAUUAAGGCUUCUCACAAGCGUGGCCCGAAACCAGCACCCAAAGGACGAGGUGGUCGGGCCACAUGGUACGAGCCCGGUCAAGGCCAUUGUGGCGGCCGCAAUAAGAAUACCGAUAUGGUUGUUGCGCUUCCUGGCGUGGUUUAUUCUGGAGGCAAAUAUUGUGGCAAGAAGGUCAAAAUUACUAACCCUACAAACGGUCAGACAUGUUACGCGACGGUAGUAGAUAGCUGUCCUGGUUGUUCUGCUGCCGAUCUAGACUUGUCCCCCAGUGCCUUCAAGAAGAUCAGCAAAAGCUUGGAUGAUGGGGUUGCAGCCAUCAACUGGGAUUUUGUUUAG